AUAUAUAUAGAGGGUGUUCAAUCUCUAAUAAAAACUAAUUGUCACAAUGUGAAAAUAAUAACAGUAAUAAUGAUAAUGAGGAGGUACUAUGCAUAAACAAACUAAAAAGAAAGCUCGACACAACGAUAGAGGAAUAGAUUCAUGGUCUGCCCAAUUUUGAAACAGUUGUUAUAAUUAAAAUGUCUUUAUCAAAGAGAGUUCAAGGGAUUCUUUCAAAACAAGAUCAUUUGACAAGUUGUGCAGAAUUGGUUAAUUCAGAUUUGUAUGAUGUAAGAGAAAAUCCUAAGGGUUAUAUCAGCUUUCAGAAUGCUUUGAACGAGCUGUGUGUUGAUGUCCUUGUUGAAAAGCUAAAUGAAGCAGGAGGAUUGGAGUUUGAUGCAACUGUGGGGAAACAUUAUGAAUUUUCUGGUAUACCUAGACUGCGGUCUGCCAUGGCUAAUUUUAUGAACCAUUUCUUUGAUCCAGUAGAAAAUGUAAAUCUCAAGGAUGUGAGUACUAUCCUAUCCUGUCUUAUUAGGAAUUUUGCAUUAUAUUAU